UCUUUACAGUUGACACAUACAAUUUAGAGGUCUAGUGUUCACUCAGGCCUAGCUAGAAAACUGUUGUUGUUUCACUUUUGUGUCACUCUUUUGUUCGAAGGUAGAAAACGUUGGUUCUUUCACGUGACAUCGAACAACAGCAAACAUGGAGAUGGGUCUGCUUGUGUUUGGCACUGUUGUGUUCCUCACCAUAUUAUGUAGCAGCUCAUCGGUCCCAACCACUAUCAAGUUCAAUGCAUUAGAUCGAAAAGAGAGAAGUUCUGAUGUGUUACCUAAUUAUGAUUCAUCUAAGUUGUCACAUGUGAAAAGAAGUACUGAAACGUCAUCAGAGAAGAAGGAUCCGAAAUGCGAAGCGCAAAAAACUAUUUUCAGCAAUGCAGUGUCAGGUGGAAAACGUUUGGAGACCACGCAUGUCUUCAUUAAUGAAAGCAACUUCAAUCUGGCACUAGCUUGGGCAGGCAAUGAUGAUGAUGGGACGCUGAUAGUCUUGACCACAGAAACGAGUAAUUCACAGUCCACUCUUUGGAGAAGUACCGAUCAUGGACGUACUUGGAAAAAUAUUAAUGAUCAUGUUGACAACGCUACCUUCCGAAAGGCAGAUGGCCUGCAAAGAAAUCCACAUAAUCCUAAAUGGGUAUACCUUAUUAGCCAUGACCGCUUCCUGUACAAGACACAAGAUGGGGGCGAGACAUGGAAAAAGGUGAUGCUUGAUGCUAUCGUACAAGAAGAGCUGAUCUUCCAUGAUGAUGGAAUUUAUAAAGACCACAUCAUGAUUAUCACCUAUGAGAGAAAGCUUCUGGUGACAAGAGAUAACUUUGACAGUAUAGAAAAGGCCAAAGAAGGUCAAGUUCACAUUGCUCAUUGGGGAACUGUGGCCUCCAAGUCACCAGGAGUAAUAUAUGCUGCUUUAAGUGACAGUCAAGGCAGUUUCUUCUUGGAUGACUUUAUUUCUUUAUAUGACUUGCAAAGAUAUGAUCGAGAAAGUGGAGAGGGCUCGUGGAAGUCUGUGCUGAAGAAUGUGUAUGACUUUGGUGUUCAAGGCAGCUUCUUCUAUGCCUCUGUGUACAGCAGUGAUCAUCCAACAAUGGCAAGCGAGCGUUUGCUGAAAGUGUCCAACGAUGCUGGCAGCAGCUGGUCAGAGGCACAGCUGCCCACCAUCACCAAUGACAGGUUCUUCUCAGUGCUGGACAUGUCUGAGAAGCUGAUAUUUAUGCAUGUUGAUAACCCAGGAGAUACUGGCCAUGGCACUCUCUAUACAUCCUCUAGCAUGGGAUUGUUGUAUUCAGAGUCUCUGCAGCGCCAUCUGUACCCUAACUACAACAGCAUAACAGACUUCUACAAGGUGUCGUCCAUGCGUGGAACAUACAUCGCUAGUCAGCUGAAUGAAGACAACAGUAUCCACAGUGUCAUCACUUUCAACCGUGGUGCCCAGUGGCAGCCUGUACCAAAACCUGAGGAAAUAGUGUGUAAAGAUAAUGCUGAGAAGUGUACCCUACAGAUCCACAAUGCCUACAGCAUUCACCGUGGUGUCACGGCUCACCCCCCACUCAGCCAGGAAGAUGCAGUGGGCAUAAUCCUAGUCAAUGCUCAUGCUGCUCAGAAUCUCCAAACAACUGACCCUGAUGUCUUUAUUUCUUCUGAUGGGGGAUACUCUUGGAGGAAGGCUCUGGAUGGUCCACACUCCUAUGUUGUUGCAGAUUCUGGUGGUCUUUUGGUUGCCAUCCCGCUCAAUGUAAGUGAACCAGACACAAUCAAGUUUUCAACAGAUGAAGGACGCUGCUGGCAUGAGUAUAAAUUUACCAACGAGUCUAUUCACCACACAGGGCUUUUGACUGAACCAGGGGGCAAGUCUAUGACAGUGGCUAUCUGGGGUUACACUGUUGCCGACAAAAAAUGGACUGUCAAUGUGAUUGACUUCACAGAUGUUGUGCCCAAACAAUGUGCCAGUGAUGACUACGAUGACUGGAAGGCCCAUGAGACAUUGCGUCAGGAGGAGAAGAGUGAUGUGGAGGGUUGUUUGCUGGGUAUGCAGGUCACCUUCAAACGUCUCAAAGCCGAUUCCUGGUGUCAUAAUGGCUAUGACUACAAACCAGUGGCUGAAGGCAAGAUCUGUCACUGUACUUAUGCUGACUUUGAGUGUGAUUAUGGCUACUACAGACCUAAUGGCCAGCAGGAAUGUGUAAUACAGCCAGAGUUCAAGGGCCGUGAAAUUGAUGUGUGCUUCCGUGGACAUGAACAAAAAAUAAUCAGUGAAGGAUAUAGAAAAAUUCCUGGUGACGUGUGCAAUGAAAGCCAAGGUUUUAAACCUAGCAGCAGGUACAUCAACCUUACAGAGACAUGCAACCAGCGCUUAAAACCUGUAGAUCUUCCAGUUGUUGAAGAGCAUUUAAAGUUGACUGAGAACAAGCCACAUAGUAGCUGGACUUUGAUACUUACCAUCACUGGUAUAGCAGUUAUUCUUUUGGCUGUGGUUGUGGUCUACUUUGCCUACAAGAUGGUGCUUCUACGUCGGCAUAAAGUAGUAUACCGCUAUUCCAUGCUGAGCCAGAAUGAAGACAAGGAUAUUGAUGAUGAGAUAGAGCGGACACUGAUUGAACGACCUGUUGUAUUUGGAGACAUAUCAGAUGAGGAGGAAUUGCCUGCCCAGCCACAGAAUGGACAUGUCCAGCGUGACAGAAUGGAACUGCCUCAGAGCUAUCACGAUGAUUCAGACGAUGACAUGCUCAAGUGAUUGCUGCAGCUUGCUGUCAUCCACUGCAAUUCUUCCUGCCCUUCUCUGUCAUGCUUGGCAUCAUGACAGGCUUAAACAAAAGAUCUUUGUGCAAACUUACAUUGCUACAGCAGUAUGCAAGAAUAGAAAGUGUGGCUAGAUGAAUAAGAGAAAGAGUGUCUGGGACAUCCAUGGUUAUAGUUUUGGUAACUUGAUUUCUUUUUCAAGUACAAAUGUUUCAUUCCAGGUAGUGACAUAAGAAAUGUUAUAAACAUUUAUAUUAAGUUUGUGAUUGUAUAUUUGUACAGAUAUUUUGCAUUAUGCAAAUUAUCAAGGGUACAAUGGUGAGUCCAGAUAUUUAUGUUAAAUAUAAAGGUUUCUUUGGUUUGAAGGUGGGGUGUCAACUGACCUGUAGGAGUGGAGGGAAACAAGUUUGCUGAUAUCUGUUUUUAUUUUACAAUUAUUAUAUUUAAAAAAAGGACCUUGAAAAUGCUAUCUUCUUUAGAUGCCCCCAAGACAUUUCCAUUCUUAUGUGAUGAUAAAUGCAAAUCCAUGUUCUUGUCUAUACAUUUUGUAUACAUUAAAACAAAUGUGAAUUGAAUAUAUUUGAUCUUUUAGUUCUUUAUUGCAGGCAUGAAGUUAAUAAAAAGCUAGAGUCUUCUAGAUUGUUGUGCACUUUUACUGUGAACCACAUAUCAGCGUUGCAUAAAAUGAGCACUGUCAGACUCAACUUUUGUAAAGUACUUAUAUUUUGUCUGUAUUUAUUUGGGCUGUAGCUGCUUUUCUAUGCCUAGAUUAUUGGUUUGAAAUCUCUUAAGAUCUUUCUUGAUCUCAGUCUGAAUAAUAUCUCAGAAAUAUUUUGUAUCAAUAACACAUAAAUUUAAAUGAUUUGAAGCAAAACAAAAUACUUAAUCUAUACAUCAAAGUUUUGCGCUCAUCUUUGUGGUUGCAAGAUUUCACAUUGUACAUAAUUAUUCCAUUGUUCUCUGGGACAUGUUUUUUUCGUUGCGCUUACAUGAUUUGCUGGUCUCAUGUAAGUUCUGAAUGACAUUUUCAUUGAAGGUAGAAAAAUGUUAACAGCAUUUGACCUAUAAAUAUGACAAAUUUAUAUUUUCAAGUGCAUCUGCUCUGUAGGGAGUCAAAAAAACCUUUUAAAAAUGCUUUUAAGCUUUUUGUUUGGGUUUUUUUUUUUCUUAAGCUGAGGUACUAUGUGGAUUUGUGACUGUUUUUCAGUAUACUUUCAUAUAAAACCUAACAGUAUAAAACCUUACAUUUUACAAUACUUACAUUAUGGCCUCUUUUGUAGACAUUUAUUUCUGAAAUCAUGUUUGCAAAAUGUAAGUGUAUAAAUGUUGGUUUUAUAAAGCUUAUUUCACUCUUAAGUUAGAAAUUAUUAUUUUCAAAAGUGUAAAUGUGUCUCGAACUCUUUACUUCAUCCAUCCUUAUAACUUACUAGUACCUCUAUAUUUUAUGUUUGAAAACAUUGCAUCUGCAUAAUCCUUGUUUACAAACUUUGAUAAAGGAAGUAAAUAUUCAGUUGUUGUUUUUGCCAAGUCACAGGUAAAACUACAUCAUGUUAAGGAAAUCUAGAGGUGUCACAUUGAGAGAAAAUUUUUGUGCUGCAGAUCUAAACUCAUGAUACCAUUACACCACCAGAUAGCAAUACAAAAGUUGGCGAAUGAUCUCAAGCUAUUUAUGGAUUGAAAAAUUAUAAAGAUGUAGAAAAUCUUGUGUUAUCUUUUCUGAACUUUUUACAUUAUUUAAGAUCGAACAUUUUCUUCUGAUAAGCCUCUCCAUUUAAAAGAAUGCACUUUUUGGAUAUCAGAACCUGCUUAUCUGUAGUCAUGAUGCAAUUUUACUAGGUAUCAUCAUCACCAGAAAGGAAAGAGCUUCUUUUUUAAAUUUAUCCCUUUUCUUGUUUUCUGUCAACAUUUUUAUGACACUUUGCUCUAGUUUGGUUUUAGGUGACUUCAGCUUCAUGCCUGUUUAUUUUGGGGUAUUUACUGAAAAGUUUUAAUUCAAACAGAUUCUAGAAGAAUUUGCAACAUUUCUUUUGGCCCAAGGCUUUUACAGUGUUCGCAGUGUUAAUGCGUUCAUCUGUGCUGAUAAAUGUAACACAUCAUUAGAUUUCAACUUUCAUUUACAAAUUUCUAGAAAUAUCUGUUAAAAUUCUCCAUGAUAUUAUGUAAAGCAUAUUAUUUUUUCUACAAUUUUCAUAAUAUUGCAGACAGUAUAGGUUCUGUUGCAUAAACUUGAAUAUUAUAAUUUUCAACUUGUUAGAAGUGGUUUUGGUUGGAUACUUCUGGAGUCUGUCACUUGCUUUUGGACAGUAUGUAUAGGUUUGUAUAUAUCUGCUUGAAGUGGGAAAACAUGUACAAAACUAUGCUUUUGCAGCAAGCAAAAUGAGUGCAAAUUAACAUGGACAAAGUGUAUAUUAAUUUGCUUGCUAUGCAGAUUUUGUGGUGGCUACCAUCUUGUUUCAUGAGGAGCGUAGUAAACGAUGACAAAAAGCAUGAAGUUAUCUCAAACGAGCUGCUUUCGACUGACCAGAUAGUGAUUGCAUGUACUACAUCUUGGCCAAAAUGAAACUUUUAAUAGUAAAACCAUGGCUUGAAGGCACAUUCCUUUGAACCACAGGGAAUACAGAUGUUUAGUUGGAGAAAGCAUUAAGACUGCUUUACAUUUCAGCACGCACAGCUUGCUAUUUAUGAAACAAGAAAACACAUUGGAAAACAUGCUGUUACCUGUAAUUUAGCUAUUUGUAAAUAAUAAAGGAUUGGUGCAACAUAUUCUUAGAUCUACUGAUUUAAUAUUUUCUGCGUUUAUUUGAAUGUGUUCUUUUAUUUGUUCAGUUUUUACAUUUCAGGAAAAUAUACAUGCUUCUAUUAAAAUACACAGAAGAAUAAAACAGAAUAUUGUAAUUUAACCUGGUGGACUUAAGUGAAUCAUUUUUGUUUACUGUACCUGCCUUCUGAUGGCUUUUGUUUUUUGUUUUGCCUCAUAAAGUAUGUUUGGCAUGAACAGGUAGAAAACAAAACAUUGAUAAAAAUUUCUGUGAAAAGAUUUGUGUGUGCAAUGUGGAGAUUAGUUUCAUCCACAACCAUUCUGUACAUUGAAUAUAAUGUAAAAAUAAUUGAUCAUGAGGCAUUAUAUAUAAUUAAAGAAGCUGUUUUGAAAUGUUAAAUGUCUUUUCUUAUGCUGCAUAAUUUCCUCAGAAAAA